GGCCUCGUAGAACGGAAAUGUCGGCCAUAACUGGUACAGUCAAGAGUGGGCUAACGUCUGUUAUCCCUAACAUCUCGCCUCCAAAGAUCAGGAGGAAACAUUUGAGAAAGUACUCUUGGUUGCCUGAUGUUCUAAGGAUAAAGGGUAGUAUUAUCUCCCGUAUCGUAGGCCCUGUCACGACCGUCUCUCUUUUUGCUGCACUUGUGGCAUACGCUUCACACGAAGGGUACACGGUUGUAUGGACCAACUCGAUCGUUCCCCUCCUUUCCGUCGUCGUCGGUUUGAUCCUGGUCUUCAGGAACUCAACCUCCUAUGAUCGCUACUGGGAAGGCAGAAAGGCAUUCCAAGCUGUGACUACCUUGACCCGUAACUUCUGUCGAACUGUCUGGAUCACGGUCAACCUACCACCCACCGGUGAACAGCCGAGUCACGCGAAGGGCAAGACCCCCGUCAGUCUUCUCACUCCCAGCCAACUCAAGCGCAAAAAGAUCGACUGUCUCCACUUGGCUCUGUCCUUUGCUUAUGCCACCAAGCAUUACCUCCGCGGCGAAGAUGGGAUUCACUACCCCGACUACGUUGGAAUCCUCCCGAAAUCCUUCUACCGACGAGAUGAACUGCUCUACGGCACCCAGCGCAGUUCCUCCCCUGGGACAUACGCCACGAUGAAGGACGGUUCUGUUGUCAACGGUGGCCCCAGUCGCGAGAACAGCCUUAGCCCCAGUGGAACCACCACCCCCGAAAUGUUCAGGGCAGACCCUACCAAACGUAUCCGCGCCAAGCGAAGCAAGACCCGGCUGGGGACUAUGGAUGCAAGCACGCCACUCCUGACAGAUAGUCACAGGGCUCUAGACUUCCAGUCUUAUGAUGAUGCAUCGAUGCCUCUUCCUCUAAUAAUUGCUCACGAAUUGACACGAAUAAUCUAUGGCUUCCGACGAGAUGGAUUGUUGGAGACGAUUGGUCCAGCAGGAAUGAACGGCAUGACCCAGAUGAUCCAGAGCCUCGUUGACCAGCUCGGAGUAAUGGAACGCGUUGCGAAUACCCCAAUCCCUGCUUCAUACGGAAUUCACUUGAAGCAAUGUGUGACGCUCUAUCUAUUUGCUUUGCCACUCACCCUGGUUAAUGAUUUGGGAUGGGCAAUUAUUCCCAUCGUCACCGUGGUCGCCUUCACCUUCAUGGGGAUUGAGGGUAUCGCAGAAGAGAUUGAAAUGCCCUUCGGAACUGACGACCGCGACUUGCCGCUCGAACGGUACUGCAACGACCUAAAGGAAGAAAUCUUCUAUAUCAUCGACCGCUUGCCCGACGGCGGUGCGGGUAUGUACGGGUAUGACGAUGGUGAAGGCGACGAUUGA